AUGAAGAAGAAGUACCAAGGUACGGCUAGGGUUAAGCACGCACAGUUGCAGGCUCUUCAUAAAGAGUUUGAACUGCUUCACAUGAAGGUGGGAGAAUCAGUCAAUGACUAUUUUGCAAGAAUACUAAUUGUGGCUAACAAGAUAAGAAUUCAUGGAGAACAUAUGGGAGAGGUGGUGGUCAUUGAGAGGAUUUUGAGAUCAAUGACACCAAAGUAUGAUUAUAUGGUUUGCUCUAUUGAGGAAUCAAAUGAGAUAAAUGAUCUUUCGAUUGAUGAAUUGCAUAGCAGUUUGUUUGUGCAUGAGCAAAGAACUAUGGACCAUGUAAUGGAAGAACAAGCCCUGAAAGAGAAGGACACCAAGGCAAAUUUCACUGAAGUUGAAGAAGAAAUGUUGUUGAUGUCUUAUGUGAACGUAAAAGAUGAUUACUCUAACAAAUUAUGGUAUCUUGAUUCUGGUUGCAAUAACCACAUGAGUGGAGAUAAAAAGUUGUUUUCAAAUCUUGAUGAAACAUUUAGAGGAAAAGAGAAACUGGGGAACAAUUCCAAUUUAGGUGUCAAAGGAAAAAGGAGAUAUCAAGAUUGA